GCCUUGCACAUGCGCGUGCACGAGAGCGUCUCAGGGCAAUGGCUUUAGAAUCGGCGACCUCUAACGGUACAACUGAUGAAAACCAUCCAGAAAAAGGCGACGAGUGGAAAAAAGGAUGGUUACUUAAGAAAACUCAUUACACCAAGCGGUGGAAAAUGAUGUGGUUUCACAUCAGAGAGGGACAGCUUGUCUAUGGAUUUAAUGAAAAGUCAGCAGAAAAGGCCAUUAAUCUGGUUGGAGCCAAGGUGGAGAUGCUGGAGGGUGCUGGGGCUCUUGUCUGGAGCGUCACCCCGAGGGACAGUGAGCGCAGCUUCCUGCUGCAAGCGCGCACCGCGGAGGAGCGUCAGGCCUGGAUGAGCGCCAUCUGUGAGGCUCAGCUCAGCUCCCAGCAGCACAGAUCCAACGCGUGCGUGCUGCAGUAAAUACACCUGCUUCACCCCGCCAGACGGAGUUUGGAGUUUUAUACACCAU